GUAGUGUCCGGAAAUAUCCGUUCCCGCCGUCCCGGGUUUAGAUUUUAGUAUAUUUUGUUUGUUUCCGCCCAAGUCAAAAACACAACGUGUUUACAGCAAUCUUGUUUGUCUUGUCCUCUCAUGGAUUUUUUACCCUCUUCCGAGAGGUCUGUGAGAAUGAAUAAAGUUUAACAGCACAGUAAAAAAUCCACUUCUUGGACACAGACUCAUCAUGGUAGAUGCUCCGGCAUUAAGGCAAUCCCGCAACAUUACAUCACCCGCCAUGGAACAGUUUGAGGAAAGAGUCAACCGAUAUGUCUUCAAAUUGGGUAACAUUAAAAGGGACAUUGACUCCAUUGUAACAGACAUGGAGGAAAAUCCAGUUAUGAACUUAGAUCGUGCAAAGACUUAUAAAGUUUCCCUAAACAAAUACAUGUUGCAAUAUGAAAAGGCCUCCGCGGAAUAUGCAACAUUUCUACAAAGUCAGCGCCACGAUGCCAGUAGGAGAGAGGAAGCAUCCAGGUCCAUCAUUGCUACUUCACUUCACGAAAAGGUGACAGCAGUGUUAAAACAAUUGAACUCUAUAUUACCUGAUACAAGAUCCCAUAAGUCUCACUCUGUAUACAGUCACGGAUCCUCAUCCUCACGUCUCACAUCAGUAGUGUUGGAACACACCGCAAAGGUUGAAGAAGCACGUAUGAAAUUAAAGUAUGCCGAAGAGGAAGCGGAGUUGUUGAGGAAAGAAGCAGAGAUCAAGGCAGCCCAGCGUCUCCUUUCAGUCAAGAAAGAGUUUGAAGCAGCGCAAUCAAGUCUAACAGCAAUUAAGAAAUGUCUUCAAUAUGACUCUCUUGGAGAUAGCUACAUACCACCCUGUGAAAAUGACAUAGGUGAAGAUGAUCAGCACGAAACAGACAAUUCUCACACAGCUGAGCAAUCAAAAUAUCAAAAUCAAUGUGACUAUACAGAGAAGCCAAGAGAAUUUAUGAACACUUCCACGCCAAGUGAACACACCAAACGUUGUGAAUCUUCAGAAAGACCAAGAGAACCUGUGAACAGCUAUAUCAGUGAACGCUCAGGUCAAAUUGAAUGUAUUUCCCAGACGCCAGAAGGAAAAACACAGAAACCUCUGAACCCAACAGCUCCAGAGUUUGUUGCCGUUCAACAUGAGAAAGGUGUUAUGAGUGAAACAAAUGAACUUGCUAAGUUGUUAGCCAAGAAGCAACUUAUACCAACUAGACUAACUCCAUUUGAUGAUGUCCCAGGACAUUACUUCGUCUGGAAAUCAACAUUUGAAAAUGUGACAAAUGAACUUGGUGCUUCCAUUAUGGAAAAACUUGACCUCUUGAUCCAGAACCUUGGAAUGAAGUCUAAGCAGCAGGCUCUCAACAUUCGUUCAGCAAACCCUCAUGACCCUCCUAGAGCAUUGCGUCUGAUAUGGGAAAGAUUGGAUUCAAGAUUUGGAAGCCCAGAAAGCAUUGAAUCAUCACUGAAGAAAAGAGUCGCAGCUUUCCCUACCUUAAAGAACUCAAACAGAAGUGAACUUUUUGAACUUGCAGACAUUCUCAUGGAAAUUGAGUCAAUUAUGCGAGAUGAAAAGUACGCAAAACUAUUCUCAUAUUACGACUCGUCAGGUGGCAUAAACCCGAUUGUCCGAAAGUUACCUUCAAGCAUUCAGGAGAAGUGGACAAAUGAAGCUAACAAGUAUAAACAGAAAAAUGGUGUCAUCUAUCCGCCAUUUUCGGUCUUCUCCGCAUUUGUGAAUAACAUCGCAAAGAUACGCAAUGACCCUAGUUUCAUAUAUGAGACUACUGAGAGUACGCAGCAGAGUACUAUUGAUGGAGGUAAACCUAUCAAGAGAGCAAGUUAUAUCAAGACGCAAGUGUCCUCAAGGAAAACAGAUGUGACCACAGAAUGCUGUCCAGUACAUGGCACAAACCAUACACUCAAUGCUUGUAGGCAAUUUCGCACAAGGCCACUACAAGAAAGGAAAGACUUUCUCAGAGAAAAUGGCCUCUGUUUCAAGUGUUGUGGAACAAAACGUCAUUUCCAAUCAAACUGUAAAAUGACUGUGAAGUGUGAUGUUUGUAACUCUUCGAAACACCCUUCCGCACUUCAUCCAGACAUUCCAAAAUCCGUCGUGAAAGCUCACGAGGGGGAGAAAUCUAUUCAAGAAGUGAAUGUAACAAACAAGUGUACAAAAAUAUGUAACACUCAAGGAAACACAUCGAAAUCGUGUGCCAAGAUAAUGUUAGUGAAAGUGUACCCCAAAGGAAGAAAGAACUUGUCAAGAGAACUCUAUUGCAUGAUAGACGAACAAAGUAAUCGAUCUCUUGCAGUCUCACAGUUUUUCAACGCUUUCGGGGAAAGUGGAAGUGAAAUGGAAUACGUCCUAUCCUCUUGUGCAGGUAAAUUCCACACUGCAGGACGCAGAGCCUCAGGAUACAUGGUGGAAUCUAUUGAUGGUACCUGUACUUUGCAGCUGCCUGAUUUGAUAGAGUGCAACGAUAUUCCUAACAACAGAGAGGAAAUACCGUCACCUGAAGUGGCACAGGGGUUUCCUCACCUGAAGGACAUUGCCCAUUUUAUACCCCCUGUGGAGGAAAGUAUCGACAUCGAGUUAUUGAUCGGUCGUGACCUCAUUAUGGCUCACCAUGUGUUAGACCACAGAAUUGGGAAGGAUAACUUACCUUAUGGACAACAACUGCCUCUUGGAUGGGUUAUCAUUGGAAAUGUCUGCCUUGGCAUGAUGCAUAGCCCAGAUGUCGUCAAUGUCAACAAAACCACUAUUCUUAGUAAUGGACGUCCCACUACGAUGAUUCCUUGUGAUAGCGAGAUUAAGAUCGACUUUGACUCAAUUUUUAGGAGAACUGAUCAGGAUGAGAAGCCAGGAUUAUCAGUUGAGGAUAAAGACUUUCUCAAUAUUAUAGGCUCUGGAAUACAGAAGACAGAACAAGGACAGUGGAUGGCCCCACUCCCUUUUCGAUCUACCCGGGAAAAGUUGCCGAACAACAAGGAAGCAGCUGAACGGCGUGCAAGAUCCUUUGAUGCAAGUUUGAAGCACAACGAACAGAAACGCAAGCACGUGAUUGACUUUAUGCAGAAGUUAUUUGAUAAUGAUCAUGCAGAAAAGGCCCCAGUUUCAGAUGAAGGAAACGAAUGCUGGUACAGUACAGGCCACGAGUUUUCCGCAAAAAACACGGGGCCCCGUGGACCGCAAGUCCACGCUUUAGCGUGGAGCUCGAACCUUGUCGGCGUCUUUGAAGUCAGCGUUUCUGUGCACCGUGUAACACGGUGUGUCACAGUUCUGAUGAUAAAUAUUUUAAACAUUUUCAUUGCCCUUAUUUAA